AUGGCCAUCGGAAUCCUUUCAACCUCGAGUGCCUUGAGCACCGGUCCUAUCGACGUCCCUAAUGUUGGCCCGUUCCAGCAGAACCGUUUCGAGGAACUCGUGCAGCGCCUCAAAGAGGCUCUCGGCCCGUCGUCGGGUCUGACGUCUGAUGAUGUUGAUGUCGACUUCCUGACUCGCCUCAUGCAAGACUAUGAUGGCUCCGAUAUGGAGUGGUCCCGAUAUGCUUUUGGCGACCACACUAGGGGUUACACCCGCAACCUUGUCGACGAGGGCAAUGGCAAGAGCAACCUGCUUGUCCUUGUAUGGUCUCCUGGAAAGGGGAGCCCUAUCCACGACCACGGCAAAGCCCACUGCCUCAUGAAGAUCCUCAAGGGCAACCUGACCGAGACUCGCUAUGCCUUUCCUGACGAGGACGAACAAGAGAAACAGAUGGAGGUCAUCUCCGAAAGGACAUAUAAGGAAAACGCCGUCGCCUAUAUGGCAGACGAGCUAGGACUCCACAGAGUGUCCAAUAGGGGCAGCGACUUUGCUGUCUCAUUGCACUUGUAUACUCCGCCCAAUGUAGCAAAGAAGGGAUGCCACAUUUUUGACGAGAAGACGGGGCGUAGGAGCCACGUGCCGGGUUGUCACUACUACUCGGCGUACGGGCGACUGCUCAAGGAGUAG